CAGGGAGAAAAUCAACAAGGCAACCCCGUCAAUUCAUGCCAUACAGUAAACCGUUGGCGGCCGUUGGGUGCGUACAUCUUGUCAUCAUCAUUCUUAACUCUUUGCUUCUUUCAACCUCUGCGUCACAUUCCAUAUAUCCUUAAGAGUCCCUUGGCAUGAUCAUGGCCGAAGGUACCCCAUCCGCACAAGCUGGUCCUUCAGACUGGCGUACGGCCUCCCGACGUUCAUCCAAUCCUGGUCCAGGGAGACCGUCAAAAGAAAGAAUGGUGUCUCUCAACUCGGAGCAGGAUCGAGAGGAGGUUCUCAGAGAGGCCGAGAUCAAUCACGUCGAAGUUGCUCUCUCCACUCAAUCUGAACACGUCAUCCCCACCUCUCGACCCCGAUUGGGAAUCUCCACACCUUCUGACCGAACCGACCCAGUUCACUCGGUAUCUGCCUUGUACACCUCCGCUUCAGACUACUUCGCUCUUCCCGGUGCACCACAACUCACACGAGUCACAACAUACUCGUCUUUACCUCCUUCACCCCGACCCGACUUCUCAUUUGACCGUCGACCAGAAACGACGGAACUGGAAGAGGUGCUACAUAGACUUCAACGAGACACCGCGCUUGACAUAGAGGAUGAAGUAGAUCAGUUUUGGGAAGCUGAAGUGGGAGAUGUAAUUGGCGAAGAUCAUCAUGCCGUAGGAACAAGAUCCUCUGUUGAGAAAGUUGAUAAACUUGAGAAAGCGAUUAAAUUGGACAGACCUGACACACUUGCUCCGGGUCAAGUGGGUAGCACGAGCGUAUGGAAACUUCUGAUCGACGAGGAUGGGGCCGAGGAAUGGGACGGCUGGAUCGUAGAUGGCAAAUGGGAGAGAAUCUCAAAUUUCCUCGCUGUUCCGCUCGCUGUUGAAAAGGUGACUCUGUUUGGAGCUCUUCUAUGUUUAGACGGGUUCCUGUACAACUUCACCAUUUUACCCUUCCGAGCCACCUUCGCCGUGGUGCGUCUUAUCCGUUUGAUCUUGGAAGGAAAACCCAUUUGGCCCGUUCCUCCUACUCAACUGCAUUCUCUCUUGAGGAUGUUAUUGUUGGUCAUCCCCACUGCGGUACUUUUGUGCGGGACGGACGCUAGCAAGAUGUAUCACUCUGUCAGAGGACAGGAUACCAUCAAGCUUUAUGUCAUCUUCAACGCUCUUGAGAUCGCCGACCGAUUAUGCUGCGCAUUCGGACAAGACGUAUUGGACACUCUGUUCGCCAAAGAAACCCUAGCUCCGACCAAUAGGAAAAGUGGUAGAGGGAGGAAACGUCAACAAGCUCGACCUUUGUUCUUCUUUGCCCUUGCCUUAGGCUAUGUUUUAUGUCACACACUCAUCUACUUCUACAUGCUGGUGUCCCUCAAUGUCGCUAUCAAUUCGUAUGACUACACACUGCUAUCGCUCCUCAUCAGCAAUCAGUUUGUGGAAAUCAAAGGGUCGGUAUUCAAGAAAUUUGAAAAGGAAAAUCUGUUCCAGAUUAUGUGUGCAGACAUCGUCGAACGGUUCCAGCUAGGCCUCAUGUUGUCCGUGAUCGCCCUGCGUAAUAUGAUAGAGAUGGCUGGUUCCGACAUUGCUUUCCUACCCAAAAGCUUUGUGCGAGGAAAACAUCUGGUGGAUGCUAUCAUGUCUCCCGUUCUCUUCGUCAUCGUCUCCGAGAUGCUGGUCGAUUGGCUCAAACACGCCUUCAUCACCAAAUUCAAUCAUGUCCGUGCUUCGGUCUACGAACGCUUCACUGAUAUCUUGGCCAAAGAUGUCUUGCUCGCUGGUUCACUCAGCAGCAAGCGGACAGUCAGAGGCAGAAAUCACCCGAUACUGCUUGACCAAUCUCCUCUUGUGGCUCGACGAAUGGGAUUUGCCUCUAUCCCUCUGGCGUGUUUGGUCAUACGCAUAGCUGCUCAGGCUCUGGGUAUGUUGACAUCUUCUUCGCACCACACAGAUGCGGACGUGGGUAUGGGUGAAGGGGCAUGGGCAUGGACGGCUCUGAAAUGGGCAGGUUGGAUUGGGGUGGGUUUGAGCGGCUGGGGAUGUUUGGUGGCUUUGAAGAUAUUCCUAGGACUAUCUUUGCUAAGCUUUGCGGCUCUGAGAAGGGAGGAAAUGGAUGAGAGAGAAGCGGAGGACGUGGUGAAUGAUUACGGUCGGAACCCCGUCGGAGAAAGUAAGGAAGAAGCUGAGUACAACGCACAAACCACGGAAUAUCUCUCUCAAGAUCAAGACGACCUUCCAGGUUACCAAUCCCCUGCUUCUGCUGCUUCUCCCAAUACGAUUUUUCGUUCAGGUUCGACUCCCGCUCGCAAAUACUCCACCCCGCCUCCUGGAAUUGAGACCAGAACCAACACAUCGGGGAAGAAGUCGUCAAAGUGGAAAUUGGAGGAUGUCGAGAGAUGGACGAUGGUCAAACGUAUAUGGUGAUAUUGCAUCCAAAUUGUUGUUUGUAUAUCAUACAUCUCAUUUGCAUCUAUUCUUUCG